AUGAGCAAUGGGUUAAGUUCAUUACAAAGGGAAAUAAUAGCCGGCUUUACUGCAGGUACUUUGACUACUAUUGCAACCCAUCCUCUGGAUCUGGUCAAAUUACGCCUGCAACUGCUAGCUAGCACCAACUCGUCGCUGGGAUACACCGAUGUCAUAAAGACCAUCCUCACGGACUCCAGGAAGCAGCAAAGUAUUCUACGAGAGGCUUAUAGGGGCCUGGGUGUCAACUUGAUAGGAAACUCGGUAGCAUGGGGCUUAUAUUUUGGGUUAUAUCGGUAUUCUAAGGACCUAGUCUUCAAGAUUUGGGCCGGAAGCAAUGCUGAAAAGCAAAGCUCUUUCCAAAAGGAUAGUAGAAUGGGGCCUGCCCUAUAUUUUUUGUCCGCAGCUCUCAGUGGAGCCACGACUGCGGUUUUGACAAACCCGGUAUGGGUUGUCAAGACCAGAAUAAUGUCCACUAGCGCGAAUGCCCGCACCCGCUACAAAUCGACAUGGGAUGGGAUGCUAAAGAUAUAUCAACAAGAAGGAUAUCGUGGGUUUUGGAGAGGUUUGGCUCCUUCGUUAUUUGGAGUCGCUCAGGGUGCAAUCUACUUCGCAGCUUACGAUUCGCUGAAGCAUCGCUAUUUUGCGAGUAAAGGGAUCCAAACAGACCAGAAGUUGGGGAACAUUGAGAACAUCGUGCUUACAUCUACGAGUAAGAUGAUUUCCGUGACAGCAGUUUACCCAUUACAACUGCUAAAAUCUAACUUGCAAAGUUUUGAUGCUAUUCGUAACGCGCAGUCCUACAAGAUGUUUUCCCUGGUGAAGUCGAUACACGACCGCCAUGGGAUCAAAGGUCUUUACAAGGGACUGUCUGCCAAUCUAGUAAGAGCGAUUCCUUCGACCUGUAUAACCUUUUGUAUCUAUGAAAAUCUACGACAUUGGCUAUAG